UCAGGUCAGGUCAGUUUUUUAUGGCCAACGCUCCGGUUUCUUUUCAGAGAUUGUUUGGUAGCCUUAUUGUGAUGCAGCCAUGUAAUUACAGGGAACUGACGCCAUCACUGUUUCAAAUUAAUUAUUUAAAUGUUUUAAGCCUCUGGUUUCUGCAAAGCUGUGUGUUGACAUUUCCUGCAGUCCUCUGGGCAACAAAGAGCACUGAGAGCAAAUAUGUAGUGUCAUUUAAAGCUCAUGGAGCUGCACUCGGACUUGUGUGGGAAAUACUUUCAGAAGAGCAGUGAUUUCUAUGUUUUUGGGUGGAAAUACAGCUCAGUCUCAGGUAGGCUGAUGUGUUUUAAUGGUAGAUGAUAGUGCACUGAUAAAUUGUGUGCUUCUCUUGAUGGUAUUUUCAUUAUCGGUUAAUCUGAUUUUAUUCUUGACUAAUUUGUGAAUUGUUUGGUUUAUCAAAUGUCAGAGGAUAGUGAAAAUGCUAAUCUCAAAAGCCGACACAUUCACAUGUCUUGUUUUGUCCAAACAACAAACAGGAUUUUGUUUAUUUUCAAAGAAAAGUAGAAUUUUGCUCAGAAAAUGACUUAAACACUUCUAUAAAAGCAGUCAUUAUUUUUCCCUGGUGACCUGCAGUGCUGCACAGAUAAUAGUUGUGGGAAGCAUCCUGUGGUUUUGACAUCAUGAGUGUUGUAGCCUGUACUAUUCAAUUCAUUUUGAAUUUACAAAAGAUUUUCUGAUUCAAUUUUUAGGUCAGGAACUGUCGAAAGUGGCUUUUACAUCAUAUAAUUACUUUUUAAGACCAGUGUCAUCUUUACCAUAACAGGUAACAAGAAAUUAAGUUAUGAAAAUGCAAUUUGAUACUGAAACACCAGGAUAAUGUUACAUCUUUCAUUCCCAAAAAAGCUUCAUGUGUCAACAUACAGGAGCAGAUGUAAAUCCUUAUUCUAGGAAAGGGUCCAAAACAGACCAGGUUUGUUCCCCAGAUAUGGUAAUGUUUUGUGAUUAUCUGUUUAAGCUCAUAAUCCCUCUCUUAAUCAGGAAUACUCAAUGUCUGCUCAUAGAGAAUUUACUGAAAUAACAUCUGUAUCACUCCAUUAAAACAGGUUCUCUUGGUUUUUUCACGCACUGCUCCGGGGGAAAUAACAUAAAGAGGGUAACCAUGCCUUUUAGCAGGAGGUGAGCAGACUGUGAAGUAAACAAAAGAUGUCCUCCAGUCGCCGCACAAAGCUGGGUGCGAUGCCUCUGCUGCCUCUCCUCCUGAACGCGGCGUUGGGCUUCAAGCUGUGUCCCAGCUCCUGCCUGUGCUACGAGUCCUCCGACCUGGUGGACUGCAGGUCUCGUGAGCUGCUACGGGUCCCUCCCAGCGUCCCCCAUGACACCUGGCUGCUGGACCUGAGUGGGAACAAGCUGAUGGUGGUGCGCACCAGAUCCUUCGUGGGGCUGUGGUCACUCAGGAUCCUCCUGAUGUCCAACAACAGCAUCCAAACUCUGCAGCCACAGUCUCUGUCAUCACUGCAGUUCCUGGAGAGGCUGGAUUUGAGUUUUAACCGGCUACGGUGGAUCCCUCAGGACUUCUCUCAGGGUCUGUCCUCCCUCCUGGAGCUCCGGCUGGACCACAACCUGCUGCAGCACCUGGACUCCACCUCACUGGGAGAGUUCGAGAACCUGAAGAAACUGGACCUCAGCUACAACCGCAUCCGGACGAUGGAUGUCAGGGCUUUCAACAGCCUGUCUCGACUGAGCCUCCUCAGCCUGGAGGCAAACAGGCUCAAUGUGCUCAAAGACGGCCUGUUGAGCAGGCAGCAAAGCCUGGAGGUGCUGCUGCUCGGCCACAACAACAUCUCAGUGAUUGAGACAGAGGCUCUGGCUCCUUUGCGGAGACUCACUCUGCUUGGUCUUCAGGGAAACCAGCUGCAGCACAUCAGGUUCAAGACCCUCCUGGAGCUCCAGACCACCAGCACCCACCUUCAGAUGUCCCUGAACCCCUGGACCUGCGACUGUGAGCUGCAACGCGUCUUCAGAAAGAUCCACCACGUUCGACAUCUGCACGUGGAGGACUACAGAGACAUCGUGUGUCACGCUCCUCCUCACCAAGCCGGGAGUUCCCUGGCCUCGCUGGACAGCCAGCUGUGUGUGGCCGAGACAGCAUCAGUGCUCGUCAUAACCAUCACCGUGAUGCUCGCUGUGAUUGGCGCCCUCGUCAAAGCAGAACACAAUCGCAAGAACAAGCAAGCCGUAAGUGAUACAGAGUCACAGAGACUAGAAAAAUGAUAUGUUUUAUUCAUGGACAGGUGUUCUGGGGCUGAGGUGAGGCUGGCAUUCAGUGCUGUUACACAAUAGCCUGUAGUUUACCACACAAUAUCAUGUUUCAUUCUAUAUUUAGAUCCUUUAAAGUUUUUAAUGGUGUUUUGUAUGGCAACCCACUGUAGCAAAAAGGAGGGACAGGAAAGAUAAACAAGUGCAGAAUACCUUUUGUAAAACACAGAGAGGAGACAAAGAUAAGAGGAUAAGUUAUUUACUUGGCUGACUAGCUAAAACUAUUGGAGUCUAAUUCAUCACCCCUACUAUAAACACUACCGUAUUUACAGUAAGGUUUAUAGUGUUCAGUUUUUGUUAAAACAGUUUUAAAGAUGGUGGGCUAAAAGACAGAGACGCCUCUCUCUAUAAUGUAAUACAAUUCCGCAACACCACAAACUGAAACUACAGCUGAACAUUAUAAAUUUAAUGGAGGAAGGAUUUACAGCAGUGUUAGACUGCAUUAGUUUUAGCUAGAUGUACUUCACUACUGAGAGUACAAUCAUACUUUUUUGUCAAAGUAAUUUUGAAUAACUUGCCUUAGACAUUUUCUUCAUGCUGAGAUACAUGUAACAGAUAAAGAUAAAACAUUUCAUAUUUCUAUUUAAUUUAAUAUUUAACAAAACAUACUGCUGCAUCACAGUCUAACAGGCUCUCCAUUAUGAAUCCAAUUUAGUCCAAGACACAUUAGUUACAUUUCAUCUUUUCAUCACGUGCAACACUGUUUAUUCUCAUUGAAAGCUGAGGUGGUAAAUGGUAUCAAAAUAAAUAUUACUGCAGUAUAACUAAAGUUUGCACUAUUCAGUGAAAGAAAAGAACUCAGUUUUAAUGAUGAAAAUGCUAAAACUUGGACAACAAUCUGCAGCAUCUUACACACCAUCAUGUAACUAAAUUGUUAUUUCACAUUAUUUUGUAUAAAAAUGUGAACAGUUUUCACACAGGUGAUAAAAGAGCUGUGCUUAUUGAAUCUAAUGAAAACUUACAUUAUUGUGAAUGCACCAGUUAAAAGCAAUG